UUGCAGUCGCAGAACACAAAAUUACCCCAUUGACCUUUUUUCUUUUUGUUUCAAUUUCGUACCAAAAAAUUAAAAAUUUCGCGUUUCUUCCAAUUCUCAAAACCCUAACGCAUUUUGCUCGCUGAAAUCGUCGAUUUAACCUUGAAGAUGAGUCUUGUGGCUGAUUCUCCAGUAAAUUCAUCCAGCAGCGAUGACUUUGCUGCAUUUCUUGAUGCAGAGCUGGGAGCUAAUUUAGCUGAGUCAUCACAGGAUGAAGAAGUUGAAGAUGACGACUUUAAAGAUGUGGAAGCCAGGGAUGAAGAACCUGAGGAUGAGGAAGCCAGCGAUAAAGACCCUAAGGAUGCGGAGACUGGGGAUGAUAAUGACGUCCAUAACAAGAGGUAUUUGAUAAAAAAGUGCAAAGUGGAAGCGUUGGAGAGCAUACACGAACAGGGGUCAACUUCGUAUGCAACUCUAGAACAGCAAACAGAAGCAACUACUAAUGUGGACAUAUGCACACAUCCUGGAUCUUUUGGAGAAAUGUGUAUCCUUUGUGGGCAAAGGUUGGAUGGGGAAUCUGGUGUAACAUUUGGGUACAUACAUAAGGGUUUAAGGCUAGGAAAUGAUGAGAUUGUCCGUCUGCGCAACACAGACAUGAAGAAUUUGUUACGUCACAGAAAGCUUUACUUAGUUCUUGAUCUUGAUCACACACUACUUAAUUCAACGCUUCUUGCACACUUGACCCCAGCAGAGGAUUAUUUAAAAAGCCAAGCUGACUCUCUGCAAGUUGUAGACGUUUCAAAAGGCAGCCUCUUCAUGUUAACCUAUAUGCAUAUGAUGACCAAAUUGAGGCCCUUUGUUCACACAUUUUUGAAAGAAGCAAGCCAAAUGUUUGAAAUGUACAUAUACACUAUGGGUGACAGGCCAUAUGCAUUAGAAAUGGCUAAGCUUCUUGAUCCUACCAGCGAGUAUUUCAGCACUAGGGUGAUUUCUCGAGAUGAUGGCACUCAAAGGCAUCAAAAGGGUCUCGAUGUGGUUCUAGGGCAAGAGAGUGCUGUACUGAUCCUUGAUGACACAGAAAAUGCAUGGGCGAAGCAUAAGGACAAUCUGAUACUGAUGGAAAGAUAUCAUUUCUUUGCUUCAAGUUGUCACCAAUUUGGCUACAACUGCAAAUCUCUUUCUGAAUUGAAAAGUGAUGAGAGUGAGCCUGAUGGGGCACUUGCAUCUGUUCUCCAAGUUCUUAAGAGAGUCCACAAUAUGUUCUUUGAUGAAUUUGGGGAUGAUGUCACCGGCAAAGAUGUGAGGCAGGUUUUGAAAACGAUCAGAAAGGAAGUAUUGAAGGACUGUAAAAUUGUGUUCAGUCGUGUUUUCCCCAUCAGAUUCCCAGCUGAACACCACCAUCUGUGGAAGAUGGCAGAACAGUUAGGAGCUACAUGCUUGACAGAACAUGAUUCAACAGUGACACACGUGGUCUCAACAGAUGCUGGAACCGAGAAGUCCCGUUGGGCGGUGAAGGAGAACAAGUUUCUAGUCCAUCCACGGUGGAUAGAAGCCGCCAACUUUUUGUGGCAGAAACAACCUGAAGAGAACUUCCCUGUUAUAUCACAGAAACAACCUGAAGACAACUUCCCUGUUAUAUUGCCAAAACAACCUGAAGAGAGCGUCCCUGAUAAACUGCCAAAAGACGAGUGAAUCAUUUUGACAAUGUUCCUUCACUGUAUCACCAAUUCAUUAGUCAUUGAUGCAUCAAAUACGACUAGAAUCAAAGAUUCGAAAAUGGGAGCUCAUUUGAAACUCAGGUGACAAGAAAAUUGUUUGUACAGUAGAAUUGGUAAAAUUAGAGUUAUAAAUUUACAUAUUCCAAGUUUACCACACCAUAAGAUGCCCUUGUUUCAGUUUUCAUACUGGGUUUUCUGUUGUUCAUAGCUAAUCUCUGACUCCGAAAACUGUAGAAUCUUAUUUUUUUUAAUUUAAUUUUCAUGUGGUUUGAAUCA